CAACUACACAAGCCAAUCAGCGGCACGCGAUGUUUCCCGUGCAGAAACUUUGGCGCGGCGCUUUGAAAGAAUAAGCCGAUCGUGAAAAAACAGAUAAGUUUAUUGAUCAUAACGACUGAUCGAUGUCAAACACGCUGUUAAACGAUUAAUGAAGACGCGAUUUAAAGUCUUGCGGCGGAUCGGUUCCGCUAAAGGUGUUUAUUUAUUAGAUGCGUGUAAGUGUUUGUGUUAUUGAUAACGUCAGAUAGAAUGACGUCUACUAAAGAAAUCAAACAGCUACAGAAAGCCAAAAUUAAAGCACAAAGCAACAAUAAUCUGAAGGAGGAAGCCAGUCUGUGUAAUCAGCUCGGAGAGGUGUUUGCUAAAACAGGUGACUACCGUGCUGCUAUCGAAGAGCAUCGUCAGGAAUUGUCCCUGUCUGAGAUUUUGAAUGAUGUGAUUGGUUCUGCUGUGGCCAAUAGGAAGAUUGGCGAAUGUUACGCUGAACUGGGGAACAUUGAGGCCGCUCUGAAGCAUCAGAGACUUCAUCUGGAUCUGGCUCGAUCCGUCAACGAUGCCGCAGAGGAGCAGAGAGCCCUGGCUACCAUUGGACGGACGUACCUCUUCCUCUUUGAUUCUGACCAAUCACGGGAGAGCUUGCUCCGUGCCAAAGAUGCUUUUAAAAAGAGCUUAGCCAUCGUCGAUGAGCGGUUAGAAGGUACCGUCUCCUCGCGAGAGCUCAGUGAGAUGAAGGCUCGUCUCCUCCUGAAUCUGGGUUGUGUGUAUGAUGGAUUGAAGGAACCACAGCGAUGCAGUGAUCUCAUCAGACAGAGCAUCUACAUCGCUGAGAAGAACAACCUUAUAGAAGAUCUCUAUCGUGCCAAUUUCAACCUGGGCAGCAUCCACUUCCGAAACGGGCAGCACUCUCGUGCCAUGCGUUGUUUUGAGCAGUCUAAAGAAUGUGCCCGGAAAAACAAGGAUAAAUUCAGCGAGAGCGAAUGUUUCCAUAGCAUUGGCAAGAUAUUGCUUCAUCUUGGUGAUUUUGCGGCAGCCCGGCGAUCUCUGAAGAAAUCCUUCUGUCUGGGCUCCCAACAGCCUGCAGAACGAGAAGCUGUGAAGAGAGAUUUUAAACACGCGAUCCGAGGCUGUCAGCUGGAGCAGGCGGCAUCAGAAACGAGCGAGAAGUUUUCCCAUGAGGCCAUGGGGCUGGCCGAGCAGUUGGGUGAUCUCUACUGUAAAGUGGGCUGCUAUAACAAGGCUUUGGAGGCUUAUCAAACACAGCUGGCGUGCGCGGGGGCUUUAGGAAGGCCGGCCCGCGAGUUAGCCGUAAUUCACGUGUCGCUGGCGGCCACGUACACAGACCUGCGACAGCAUCACAAAGCUGUGGAGCAUUACAGACAGGAGCUUCAACUGAGACAGGGAAACCCGAAAGAGGAGUGUAAGACGUGGCUGAACAUCGCUACCUGUCAGGAUGAGAUGGGCGAGUCUAUGGAGAAAAUGGAUGCCAGUUACACUUCGGCUCUGAGCUGCGCUGAGAGAUCAGAAGUGAAGCUACAGAGACGGGUCUUGAGGGCGUGGUUACAGGCCCAGCGGCGCUGCGGCUCCUCCCAGUGUGAUGACACGGAGGCGCGGCUGCAGGAACUGUGUGAGCAUGAUGGGCGGAGUCUGGAGGAGAGCGAAGAUGAGGAUGAUGAAGAUGAAGAGAUGGAGAACAGUGAACCCCUGGAGGACAGUGACAUCCAGUGCUCAGACUCGGAUGAGGAUCUGGACGGUUAUGAUAAAAUGGUCUCGGGCAGGAGAAAGACUCAGAGGUGGAACCGGAGGAACGAAAAGGGAGAGACUGUUCUCCAUAGGGCCUGUAUCGAGGGGAACCUAAAACAGGUCCAAUACCUGGUUGAGCAGGGUCAUCCUGUGAACCUCAGAGAUUAUUGUGGGUGGACAGCUCUGCAUGAAGCCUGUAACUAUGGUCAUGAAGAGAUCGUUGCUUUACUGCUGGAACAUGGAGCAAAUAUAAAUGACCCGGGAGGUCGAGAUUGUGACGGGGUUACGCCCCUGCAUGACACCCUGAACUGUGGUCACUUUCAUGUUGCUCGACUGCUGAUACAGAGGGGGGCGUCCGUCACUGUUCGCAAUGGCAAGGGACACACACCUCUAGACACACUGCGUCAGUGGUAUAAUACGUACAGUCGACAGUUAGACCAAGAGACGAAGCAGGAGUGUUUGGAGACGGAGAAACUUCUGAAGAGAGCUUUAUCAGGAGACGUUCGUGUUGUGCCGGCUGCUCCGCGUCAGCAGAGGGAGCUAAAGGACAGUCAGCUCUUCGAUGCUGAAUAUUCAGAACCACUGCUGCAAAAAGAUGAGAUGACCGCCUCACCGCAGCAUACUGUUCCUCGCCCGGAGGCCAGCCCCGCCUCCAGAAACAGGGGCUCUUCUGGACGGCCACGGGGGAUGGAAGUGGACGUUCUGUAUGGGAUCGAAAGUGAUUUUUCAGACUCUGACUGUUCAAUCAGCCCUUUGCGUCCUGUUCGAUCAGCGCAGCGGUUGCCAUCCGCCCCUUCCCCACAGGAAGUCCCGCCAAGCCAGGAAGUGCCAUCCACUUACGGGAUCAGAGAUGCCCCGUCGCCUCCGCCGGCAGUAUCGGGAAGAAUACAGUACCAGAAGGUCAUACAGAACCUGGGCAGUGCCAAAUCCCGCCUUUUCUCUCAGAGCCUAUCAGAGCCGGCCUUCAGUAGCACUCCAGCCGUGUCAGUCAACAGCAGAUCAGCUUUGGUCCCUGAAGACGAGUAUCGGGCAGAUGAUUGGUUGGAGGAUGACUUGGGAGACAUUCAGCCCAAAAAGAAACGGAGAGUUUCUGAGCAUAGUGUCCCACAGGAAACGACUAGGAAAAAUUACAAUCAUUACACUGCAUCAACUGAAGCACAGCCGAAAGUUCAGAGUUCCUCCAGCAGAGGUCUCUCUCUGAAAAAGGGAGCCAAUAAGUCUCGACAGGUAAAGAUGAAUCAACUGCCUGGAAUGGUGAUGCUGGGUAGACGAGAGGUCAGCAGGUCACAGAGCCCAACCACAAUCCAAGACCCUGAGCCUGCACCUCCAACCUAUCAGCCAAUGCCACAGACACAAGCCCAGAGCAGGACGUCCCAUGUGCCUACACCAAUCAGAAUGAGGGUCAGAGUUCAGGAUAACGUCUUCUUGAUUCCAGUCCCACACAGUGAGGCAGACAACUGUACAGUAGCUUGGUUGUGUGAUCAGGCCGCUCAGCGUUACUAUCAGACGUGUGGAUUACUGCCACGUCUCUCCCUGCAGAAAGAGGGCGCUCUUCUUCUACCCACAGAUCCACUGCUGGCUGUACUGCACACUAAUGAAGAGGUUGUUGCUGAAGUUUGUUCGUGGGAUUUACCUCCGCUCCCCGAGCGCUAUAGGAAAGCGUGUCAGACUCUUGCAGUGGAGGAGAACAAGCGUGUUUCUCGAUUGUGCGAGGUUCAGGAUAACAGUUCCUGUGUGAACGUUUCUGGAUUGAGUUUGCCGCCCGCGUCACUGGCUCCUCUCCUCCGAGCAUUAAAACUACAGGCCAGUCUGACCGAGCUACGGCUCUCUGCCAACCGUCUGAACGACGACCUCCUACCCGAACUGAUGUCUGCUGCUGCCACUAUGCCCAGGCUGAGGAUUUUAGACAUAUCAGCCAAUCAGAUCACAGGAGAGGGACUCAGUAAAGCAUCGGAUGCAAUUGAGAGGCGGAGUCAACAUGCAUUUCCUUGUCUAGAGGAGUUGAAUUUAAGUAUGAAUCCUCUGGAAGACGGAUGGGCGCAAGCACUAGCGAAUAUUCUGUCCGCCUGUCCCCUGCUCUCCACGCUGUCCCUGCAAGCCUGUUGUCUUUCUGCACGCUUUCUCCAGCAACACCGCCUCUUGUUGGCCAACGCCAUGGCCAGCACUGGGAACCUGAGGUCAGUGUGUCUGUCCCAUAAUGCAUUGGGCUCCACAGGUUUUGAGCUACUGUUGAAGACUUUACCGAUGCAAAGUCUCACACGGCUUCAGCUUUCUGCAGUCUGUAAAGGUUCACCUGACCAGCCCUCCAUGGAAAUCCUCACUAAGAUCCUCACACAGGGUGACUGCACACUAACACACUUGAGUCUCUCUGGAAAUGGCCUCACAGAUCACAGUGUACUGUCCAUCGCCCGGUGUCUUCCUGUCUGUCCUUCUCUGGUGUCUUUGGAUCUGUCAGCCAACCCUGCUGUGACGUCAGCAGGACUCGGAUGUCUCCUGAAUGCCCUCAUGGAGGCCCAGCGACCUUUGACCCACCUCAAUCUUCAAGGCUGUCAGGUGUCCGGUCCGUGGGGUGAUCUGAAUUUGGACAGUUUAUCCGAUCACAUCCGAGAUCUGCGUUUGUGUUCUCAAAGUCUGAAUAAGCUAGACCAGAAUGCAUUGCGGCAGAGCUGUGAAAACGGGACUGAUCCUGUGCACAUCUUCUCUCGCGAAUCUAAAUGUAUGCUGACCGUCAAUGGACCGUCACGGUAAACCUGGCAAAGUUGGCGUUUGUGUUGGCAGGCAGUGCUGUAUUUCUGGUAUGAUACACUUAAACAAACACGUUUGUCUGUGAAUGUGUCUCAUUGUAACGUGUGCAGUUUUUUUAAAUGAUAAAUAUAAUUAUUUGUAUAUUUC